GAACUAAAAGGAGAUCUUAGUACAAUAAUGGAUAUGCUCAGGAAACUUGACAAGGGAAAAGCAGUGGAAGAAAAUCCUAGCUUUCAAGAACAAUCGCCAGAUAUGGUAGAUCCUGUCUAUCCUCCAGGGUUUGAGCCACGACUGAACCAACCUUCACAAGGAACUAGAGUACCAAUUCCUACUCCUGGUGGAUAUCCUAAUCCUUAUCCAGGAAUAACAUCCACACCUGCUCCAGGACAAUUUCAAAAUUUUGUUAAUCCCAUUAUGAUGGAAAAACCACCUGAGCCAAUCUUAGUUCCUGAUUUGGAUGAUCCCAAGGAAAGAGAAAAGCUAGGGAUGCAGACACCUGAAAAGGUAGAAGAUACCAGUGCCCGGGAGAAGAUGAAGUUAUUGGAAGAAAGGCUUAGGGCUGUAGAGGGAAUGAAUUUUUAUGGCUCCACAGAUGCGGCUGACCUUUGUUUAGUUCCAGACGUGGUAAUUCCAACUAAAUUCAAGGUCCCUGAAUUUGAAAAAUAUGAUGGCACAAAAUGCCCAAUGACCCACAUCAUCAUGUAUUGUCGAAAGAUGGCAGCAUAUGCUCGAGACGAGAAGUUGUUAAUGCACAUAUUUCAAGAUAGUCUCACGGGUUCUGCAGCUAGAUGGUAUGUCCAACUAGAUAGAACUCGUAUUCAUUCUUGGCAAGAGCUUACAAAGGCAUUCCUUACACAAUAUCGUCAUGUCACGGAUAUGAUUCCAGAUCGUCUAUCUCUUCAAAGCAUGGAAAAGAAAGCAACUGAAAACUUCAAGGAGUAUGCACAAAGGUGGAGAGAUGUGGCUGCACAAGUCCAACCUCCUCUCACUGAAAAAGAAACAACUAUUUUAUUUGUGAACACCUUGAAAGCACCAUAUUAUGAGAGAUUGAUAGGCAAUGCAACCAAGAACUUUACAGAUAUGGUGAUAUCAGGAGAGAUCAUUGAAAGUGCCAUAAAAAAUGGUACUGAUGUGGGAGAGACAAGUGGAGCAAGAAAGAGUGGAGCUCCUAGAAAGAAAGAGAAUGAGGCCCAAGCAGUAAAUUUUUGGGGCAACAAUUCAGAGGUUCAUUCCACUGAGAACUGUACUGCUUUGAAGCGUAAAGUGCAGGGGUUAAUCAAUGAAGGAAUGAAGGUCGAAUGGAGUUUUACCAAGAAAGAAGAAUUGGUGAAAGCUGAAGUGUCUACCAUUGAUUCAAAGAAUAAGUUUGUACGUAGACCGGUAACUAUCUAUUAUGAUGAGAAGCCAACAUCAAAGCUAGAAAAACCCGUCUCUCGACCAGUGGUGACAAUUAAAGUUCCUGGCCCUUUUUCAUAUCAGAAUGAUAAAACAGUACCUUGGAAGUAUGAUUAUGAUGUCGUAGUUAACCCAGAUACUGCCAACAUAACGGGUGUAGGAGGCAUAACUCGAAGUGGGAGGUGUUAUACCCCAGAAGCUCUAGAAAAAGCUAGAAAGGAGAAAGCCAAAGUAGGAGAAGAAAAUGAAAGUCAGAGUGGUCUUGACACAACCCUAGAAAAAGAAUGGCAGAAGCCAGUAUCUGAAAGUGAAGCAGGUGAAUUUUUGAAGUUAAUAAAACAUAGCGAGUAUAGCGUGGUAGAACAGCUUAACAAGAUGCCAGCUAGAAUUUCGCUAUUGUCAUUAUUGCUCAGUUCAGAGUCACACCGUAAUGCUUUGCUGAAAGUGCUAAAUCAAGCAUAUGUGUCUCACAAUGCUUCUGUUGAAUAUGUGGAACAGCUUGUUGGCAAUCUGACGAUUUCAAACUAUAUCUCUUUCAGUGAUGAAGAGAUUCCUCCUGAAGGUAGAGGAAGUACCAAGGCUCUUCACAUUACUGUGAAAUGUAAAAGUCAUAUAAUGGCUAAGGUUUUGAUUGAUAAUGGUUCAUCCAUCAAUGUUAUGCCUGUGACUACUUUGGCAAAACUCCCUGUUGAUGGAUCUUAUAUGAAACCUAGUCAUAUGAUAGUGAGAGCCUUUGAUGGAACCAGAAGAGAGGUGCUAGGAGAUAUAGAAGUGCCAUUGCAAAUUGGCCCAUGCAUUUUCAAUGUGAAAUUUCAAGUUAUGGACAUCUCUCCUUCAUACAGUUGUUUAUUGGGUAGGCCGUGGAUCCAUAUGGCAGGUGCUGUUCCAUCCUCAUUACAUCAAAAAGUCAAAUUCAUUGUUGAAGGGAAGCUAACAUGUGUGGCAGGAGAAGAAGAUUUAUUGGUAACUCAACCGAUAAAUACUCCUUAUGUGGAAUCAGCAGAUGAAGCUUUAGAAUGCUCUUAUAGAUCUUUCGAGAUUGCCAAUGCAACAUAUAUAGCUGGAGGAUCUAAAUUGUAUUCGCCAUACUUAUCUACGACUACUAAAAUGGUAGUCAAACAGCUUACCAAGAUGGGAUGGCGACCUGAAGCCGGACUUGGGAAGAACCUGCAAGGAAUCACGAAGCCAUCGACUAUAAAUGAAAAGAGAGAUAGAUUUGGCUUGGGAUAUAAGCCAACAAGAGGGGACAGAACAAGAAUGGUGAAUGAGAAAAGAGAUAAGAGGAUAGCUAAUCUUAAGGGAUAUGAGCUGGAGUCAGAGCCUAUAGUCAUUCCACACCUCUAUGAUUCUUUUCACUCAGGAGGAUACAUUUAUUCAGAUUUACCGAGAGCCUCAAGUACAGGAUUCAUGGAAAAAUUUUCAGAGCUAGCCAUUCAAAUGGUGGAUGAUGGAGAAAAGAAGAGUCGAAGUGAAGAGCUAUUCGUGUACCCUUGUCCUUCAGAUUUUGAGCUGGAUAAUUGGAAAGUUAUGGAGCUGCCUUUUGAAAACUUAAUUCAUGUUGAUGAACUUGAUAAUGAGGAAGAUUCAGAUAACUACACAUUGCCUCUUGAUUUGUUAAAAUUAAUAGAACAUGAAGAUAAGCCAAUUGAACCCCACCAAGAAAUUACUGAAUCAGUAAAUUUGGGAGGUGGUGAGAACAAAAGAGAGGUCAAAGUUGGUACAUCUCUUUUACCAGCUGAAAGACAGAAGCUAGAAGAGCUACUCCGAGAAUAUGUAGAUGUGUUCGCAUGGACUUAUCAAGAUAUGCCAGGACUCAGCACUGAUAUUGUAGAGCACAAGUUACCUUUAAAAUCAGGAUGUAAGCCGAUGCAGCAAAAGCUAAGGCGCAUGAAACCAGAGAUGCUGCUGAAAAUUAAAGAGGAAGUGAAGAAACAAUUCGAUGCUGGAUUUUUGGAAGUGGCAAAAUAUCCUGAAUGGGUAGCCAACAUAGUGCCAGUUCCUAAGAAGGAUGGAAAAGUGAGAAUGUGUGUCGAUUAUCGAGAUCUGAAUAGAGCAAGCCCUAAGGAUAACUUUCCUUUACCUCACAUCGAUACUCUAGUGGAUAAUACUGCUAGGCACUCCACGUUUUCCUUUAUGGAUGGUUUCUCAGGCUAUAAUCAGAUCAAGAUGGCUCGAGAUGAUAUGGAGAAAACUACAUUUGUGACCAUGUGGGGAACAUUCUGUUACAAAGUCAUGCCUUUUGGGUUGAAAAAUGCUGGUGCUACUUAUCAAAGAGCAAUGGUGACUCUUUUUCAUGACAUGAUGCAUAAAGAGAUAGAAGUGUAUGUGGAUGAUAUGAUUGCAAAAUCUCGUGAAGGAGAGGAUCAUAUCGUCAAUCUCAAAAAGCUGUUCGACAGGUUGAGGAGAUUUCAGUUGAAGUUGAAUCCUGCCAAAUGUACAUUUGGAGCCAAAUCAGGAAAACUAUUGGGCUUUGUAGUCAGUGAAAAAGGAAUCGAAGUGGACCCGGAUAAGAUACAAGCCAUCCAAAACUUAUCUCCUCCUCAUACCUCAAAAGAAGUGCGAGGUUUCUUAGGGAGAUUAAAUUAUAUUGCUCGCUUCAUCUCUCAACUCACUUAUAAGUGUGAUCCUAUUUUCAAGCUUCUCAGAAAACAUGAUCCUGGAGAAUGGAAUGACGAAUGCCAAGAAGCUUUUGAUAAGAUCAAAGAAUACUUGUCAAAUCCACCUGUGUUGGUGCCACCAAUGCCAGGAAAACCUUUGAUUUUGUACUUGACAGUGCAUGAAAAUUCAAUGGGAUGUGUGCUGGGGCAAAGAGAUGAAACUGACAGGAAAGAACGAGCAAUUUACUACUUGAGCAAGAAGUUCACUGAUUAUGAGUCAAAGUAUUCACCAUUAGAGAAGAUGUGUUGUGCAUUAACCUGGACAGCUCGAAGGCUUAGACAAUACAUGCUUUAUCACACUACUUGGCUCAUAGCAAAGCUGGAUCCUAUUAAGUAUAUCUUCGAAAAGCCCUCAUUGACAGGAAGAAUAGCACGGUGGCAAGUUAUGCUUUCAGAAUAUGAUAUCAUUUACGUGACUCAAAAAGCUAUUAAAGGGAGUGCAAUAGCUGAAUUCCUUGCUGAUCGUGCAGUCGAAGAUUAUGAGCCAAUGAAAUUAGAUUUUCCUGAUGAGGAUGUGAUGGCCAUUGAAAAAAAUGAACCUGUUGAAAAAUCAUGGAGGAUGUAUUUUGAUGGAGCUGCUAAUGCUUUGGGUCAUGGUAUUGGGGCAAUUUUGAUAUCUCCUGAUGGACAUUAUUACCCCAUCACAGCCAGAUUAAAUUUUAAUUGCACAAACAAUGUGGCUGAAUAUGAGGCCUGUGUUAUGGGUCUACAAGCAGCAAUUGAAAAGAAGAUCAAAGUGUUAGAUGUGUUUGGAGAUUCAGCUUUAGUCAUCUAUCAGUUACGAGGUGAAUGGGAAACAAGAGACUCUAAGUUGAUUCGGUACCAUAAAUACAUCUCUGAGUUGGUUAAGCAAUUUAAAGAAGUUCAGUUUGAGCAUCUACCUAGAGAGGAAAACCAAAUUGCUGAUGCACUGGCUACUCUAGCUGCAAUGAUCAAAAUAGAUGCAAAUACUGAAAUCCAACCCAUCAAGCUGGACGUGAAAGAUAUACCAGCACAUUGCUCAGGUGUUGAAAAAGAAAUUGAUGAAAGGCCAUGGUAUCAUGACAUCAUGCAAUACAUUAAAAGCCAGCAAUACCCAGAACAUGCAACAAAAAAUGAUAAGAGAACUAUCAGAAGAUUGGCUAUGAGUUUCUUUAUUGAUGGAGAUGUCCUUUACAAAAGAGAUCGAGAUCAAGUGCUCUUAAGAUGUGUAAAUGCAGCUGAAGCAAAGAAGAUUAUUGAAGAAGUGCAUGAUGGAGUUUGUGGGGCACAUACAAAUGGUCAUAUGAUGGCUAGACAAAUUAUGAGGGCUGGCUAUUAUUGGUUGACAAUGGAGAGUGACUGUAUUGAUUAUGCUAGGAGAUGUCAUAAAUGUCAGAUUUAUGCUGACAAGAUUCAUGCUCCACCAUCAACAUUACACGUUCUAGCUCCUCCCUGGCCAUUCUCAAUGUGGGGUAUGGAUGUCAUUGGUCCCAUUACUCCAAAAGCUUCGAAUGGGCAUAGAUUCAUUUUUGUGAUGAUUGAUUACUUCACCAAAUGGGUAGAAGCUGCAUCAUAUGCUAGUGUGACCCGAUCUGUGGUAUGUAAGUUCAUAAAAAGAGAGAUAAUGUGUAGAUAUGGGCUUCCGGAGACAAUUAUUUCUGAUAAUGCCAAAAACUUGAACAACAAAAUGAUGAAUGAAGUAUGCACUCAGUUCAAGAUCCGCCAUCGUAAUUCGGCACCAUAUCGUCCAAAAAUGAAUGGGGCAGUGGAGGCUGCGAAUAAGAAUAUCAAGAGAAUCCUGGAGAAAAUGACUGAAACUUACAAAGAUUGGCAUGAGAAGUUGCCUUUUGCCUUGCAUGCUUAUAGAACAUCAGUCAGAACAUCUACUGGGGCCACACCGUUCUCUUUGGUAUAUGGAAUGGAAGCUGUGCUACCGAUCGAAGUGGAAAUUCCCUCACUGAGAGUCCUGAUGGAGGUAGAGUUAGAGGAAGCAGAAUGGGUUCGAAAUCGCUACGAGCAGUUAAACCUCAUUGAAGAGAAAAGACUGUCAGCACUUUGUCAUGGUCAAUUAUAUCAAAAGAGGAUGAUGAGAGCACAUGACAAGAAAACUCGUCCCCGUUGCUUUAGGGAAGGAGACUUAGUGCUAAAAAGAUUCCUUCCAAAUCAACAUGAUAAUCGAGGGAAAUGGACACCAAAUUGGGAAGGCCCGUAUGUGGUGAAAAAGGCCUUUUCUGGUGGGGCAUUGAUUUUGGCAGAAAUGGAUGGAGGUGAUCUGCCUACCCCAAUAAAUUCAGAUGUUGUGAAGAAAUAUUUUGCUUAAAAAAAAAGAAAAAAAAAAAAAAGAAAAAAAUGAUGACUUAUCUAAGUUGAAAACCUGAAAAGGCGGCUUAGAUGUGAAGCAAAAGCAUCAUCAAGAAAAGAUCCCACAAUGCAGGGGCAAGUGUAGUUUGACGAACUUUGAAUAAUCAAGAAAGUCAUCUGAUUUAGUUUUAGAGAAAGAAUCUGAGAAUAUUUUGUUCAUGAUUAUCUUGUGAUCAUUC